UGAAGGAGGCUAUAUCAGCUGGUGUUGGUGGAGAUGAUCCUGAUGUCAAAGAUAACGUUAGGAAACUAGCACAUGGACUGCGUCUAACAAAUGAGGCUGCCUCAGGAGCUUCGACGUCAAGGCCCUUUGGUAAUUGGAGAAUCGCCAAUGCUCAGCGAUCGUAUUCCUCCAAGUUGAAAUCUAUUGUUAGAGAUGUUGAUAAAGAAGAGCUGAUUAAACUCAGAAAAGCACAACUGCAGUAUCGGCUUUCUGAUGAGAUGUUGAUAAAGAAGAGCUGAUUAAACUCAGAAAAGCACAACUGCAGUAUCGGCUUUCUGAUGAGCUGGCGGCAGACAUGUUUAGAGUGCACACUCGCAAACUGGUUGAGGAGAAUAUUUCGGUAGCAUUGGAUGCCAUCAAGUCAAGAGCAGGACCUGUGAUGGGAGCAACACUAGUUGUUGAAGAGCUUGAGAAGAUUCUUGCAUUUAAUAACAAGCCUACGUUAUUAAGCAACCACACAGAAGCUGCUCGCUUUGCCCUUGGUGUGGGACCUGUUUCUUUGUUAGGCGGUGAUUACGAGAGUGACAGAAAAAGGAAUGACUUAAAGCUUGUAUACGGUUCAUAUGUUGCUGAAUCUUACUUGAAUGGUCUAAUGAAAGAAAGCCAGCUCAUGUCAUUGAACCAUUUGAAGAACAUCUUUGGGUUAAGCAAAACAGAGGCUGAUUCCAUUAAGCUGGAAGUUACUACAGAAUUCUAUCACCUUACUCUUUUUCAGGCAGUUGCCAGUGGUGCACUAGAUGCUGCGGAUAGCAAAGCAGCAUUCCUUCAAAAUCUUCGCGAAGAUUUGUAUUUCAAUCCAGAUAAGGCCACCGAAGUCCACAAAGAAAUUUACCGGCAAAAGCUUCAGCAGUCUGUUGCUGAUGGAGAGUUGGAAGAGGCCCAUGUUGCUGCUUUGCUACGAUUACGGGUUCUGCUCUGCAUUCCUCAGAAAACUGUUGAAGAAGCUCAUGCUGAAAUCUGUGGCAGUUUGUUUAAAAAGGUUGCAAAGGAGGCGAGCUCAGCAAGUGUUGAUGGAGAUGAUCUGGAGGACAGUGUGUUUGAUAUUGAUAUUGCUGGUGGUGGUGUGGAAGAUUACAUGGAUGAUGGUAUAGAGGAAGAGGAAGACCAUGGUUAUCCUGAUGAUAGUAGCGAUAAUGAUGAUGGCGAUGAUACUAGUGACGAUGACAGUAACGAUGAGGAUUACAGUCAUGGUGGUGAUACAGAAUUUCCGUUGGUGCUUCAUGUCGAUGUUGGAAAAGGUCAGGUAUUUGAAAUUCGAUGUCCCUUCUGCUACCAACUAAAAGUCAAUGUGAAUCCCUUCGCGAAAGUAGAUGGAAUAUUUCCAAUUGAUUAUGGUGACAUAUUAGUUCGUUGCUGCAACAAAUUUGGUGUAGAAUUCCACUUUAGGGAUGGUGGUUGCAGUAGGUCAGUAGUCGACCGAAGGGAUAGAAGGAUACAUUUUGAUGUGAAGUACCGUCUCAAUACCCUAAAUGCCUUUAGUAUGACCUGUCCUCUUUGUGAAACAGUACAUCGUCCUCAGACUCUGCACGAUGAGUUAGUUACCGUUAAAGUAUCUUGCUGCAGAGCAAGCUUUACUUUGACAGAUACUGACCAGCUCCAAACCUCAGACUCUGCACGAUGAGUUAGUUACUGUUGAAUUAUCUUGCUGCAGAGCAAGAUUUACUUUUAUAGAUACCGAGCAGCUCCAAAAUAUGGAUCUUUUUUCAGACUCUGAUUUGGAGUGAGAGUUUGUAAAAAUUGGGACAUUGGUAUUUUAUGUUUGUAAGCGCAUUAGCAUAAUUCUUCAGCACCCUGGUUUUAUGUUUGUAAGUUUAAUAAACCUUUGGUUGCUUCGAAUUAUAGAUUUAGUAAAAAUUCAUUUUCAACUGUUUAAUCA